AUGUUCCGACGCCUGAACUGCCUCACUUUGGGCUCCGACACGACGGUCCGCUCCUCCGUCCAUUUCCUGGAAAGACUGAAAGGCCUGCAAAUUAACACAGACGAGGUCAUGGUGUCGUUCGAUGUAACCUCGCUUUUCACCUCGAUCCCAAAGGACUUGGCAGUCGAAACUGCCAGCGACCUCCUCGACAGCCAAUACACGGAGGCAAGCAAUACCCCUAGGAGGGGGCACCUGGUGCAACUGCUUAAAUACUGUCUCCAAACGUUCUUCACAUUUGAAGGAACUGUGUACGAACAAAUCAAAGGUACGCCGAUGGGCUCACCACUAUCCGGUUUCAUCGCUGAAGCUGUUCUUCAAAAGUUGGAGACGUUAGUGUUCGCAACGUAUAAGCCAAAAUUUUGGGCGCGGUAUGUGGACGACACUUUCGUCGUUCUCAAACGGGAAAGGGUCUCGAAUUUCCACGCGCUACUGAACUCUGUUCUUCCCGAUAUUCAAUUCACCAUGGAGACAGAGAACAACAAUCAGAUCGCGUUUCUAGACGUUCUGGUCCAUCGCAAGGUAAACGGGAGCCUGAAAACCACGGUCUACAGGAAGGCCACUAACACUCGCCAAAUCCUGUCCUACCACAGCAAUCACCCGCUGUGUCACAAACGAAGCUGUGUUCGAUCCCUCUACAGGAGAGCUGACACUCACUGCAGCGAACCGACCGACAAGGUAGCCGAACUCCACUAUCUACGGCGGAUGUUCACCUCCAACGGUUACCCCGCAGCUUCAUAG